GGAUGGUAUCGGGUCCGGACUACAACCGAGUUCGCGAUGGCUGUCUGCGUGGGGACCAGCUUGCGUAUCGAAUCGCCAUGUACGCGAUGCAACGCCGUCUCGACAUCUUCAAGGAUACACCGACGGCCCAGAGCCGCCUGCAAUGUCGUACCGGUGUGAUUGGGUACCGGUGCACACAUUUUCAUACGUCACAUCGUCUACCAGCCGUGAACACGUCCCUGAGUGUGUGCAGCGCUAAACAGCCCAAGAAUGUGCCCAAUCACCACACCGUCGCAGAGGCCGACUCUUACGUCGACUUUUCCUACGGCAAUCUGUGGGGCUGUGGCGAAGGACGGUACACCCCCGGAAGCCCCACCAGUAUGAGUCGGUCGCUGUACGUCUUUAAUAUCCCCAAUUUCCUGCCGCUGGAGCGGAUCGAGGAGCUCUUUGCAAAGUAUGGCACCGUCGCCAACAUCAAGCCGCUGCCCAUGAAACGGCCCGACCAACCCCAGGCCCUUUUCGUAGACUUUGACUCUCUCCAAGCCGCAGAGGCCUUCUUUAACAACCCACCCGAAGUUGAUGGCCAUCGACUCCGUUGCGACUUUCAGUCUAGACCCCGUGCUCAACCCAACCCAGGUUUGCACGUGGGUAACCUGGACGCCAACAUCAACGAGGCUGAACUCCGGCAGCGAUUUGCUCAGUUUGGGACUCUUGUCGAUUUUCGUGUCUGCCGAAAAGAUCAGCACGCCUUUGCCUUUGUGACCUACCCCACCACCGAGGAGGCCAGUCGGGCCCGUGAACAGCUCAACUGCACUCGCCCCACACAGGCCUCAACUCUUGACAUGGACAUUUCAUAUUUUGCCCAGGACCGUCGGCGAGGCCCUGGUCCAGCCCCUGCCCGUGGGCCCCCGCGUGACCCUGCCCACAUGCCCCCCCGUGGCCCGCCACACGAUGCACGGCGCUUUUCACCAGCCCGAGGGGGUUUUGGCCCACCAUCGGCCGGGCCCCCGCGCAGCCGGUCUCGCGAACGCUUCGACGAUCGUCCUGCUUACGGCCGCCCUGGAGCCCCGGCUUUUUCGCGUGGCCCUGCACCUCCCCGCAUGGAUGAACGCCCUUGGCCCGCUCAGAGAUACCCUUCCCAUGACACUCCGCCUCGUGGAGAGGCUCGCCCCGAUUUUCAUCCAGGCCAUCGCCCCGACACCUACCGUGGACCUGGUGCCGAUCCUUCUAUUCGAUCUGAUUACCACCCCGAGUCCACCCGAUACCUCCCGCCCAGCCAACAACCCGACCUUCGAAGUCAGAAUCCACCACCCAGGCGACCUCUCAGUCCUCCACCCACCUCAUUUCGUGCAAAUGAUCCUUCUCCGGCCUGGCAAGAAAGUCGCGCCCCCCGUGAUUUAGCUUCCCGAAGUGGCCCACCCCCUCAAAGCUAUGGACCUGGCCCCUCCCAUCCUCGCUCACUCGAUCGGCCGCCGCUCGGUCCGUCAGGAGAUCUCCGUGAUCACCCUCGCCGCUUCUCUCCUGAGCGUCGACUGCCCCCUCCGGGCCGUUUCUCCCCCGACCGCCGUCCACCGCUGCCACAACGGUACCUGGAUCACCCCAUCGCCGGUUCACUGCCCGAUCCGCUACCCAAACGAGCACGGCUGACAGAGGCUCCCCCACCUCGCUCUGAACGCCCCCAUUUGAACGUGGAACGUGAUCGGGUACCCAUCCGCCGGCGAUCCUUGGCCUAUCAACCCGAGAAAGAGGCUCGUCCCGGCAUGUUGGACGGUCUGACCAUGGAUGAGGUGCCAGCACCCACGCCAACACCCACAUCAACUUUGAAUGCACCGGCUGCCGCAGAUCCAAGCCCAGUCCUGGCGAGCGUUUCAACUGCUGCAUCUGAUAGAACUUCCGCGGCCCCAGCGGCCGAUUCCACCACAAGUGGACCAGUUCCUGCAGCAGCAACGAUAACGAGCGCCAACCAAUCUGUGGAGCAGCCUCGUUCUCGCACACCCCCGCCCAACCAACCCGAGCCUGCCCGUGCUCAACCCCAACCCAAGAGCCUAUACAUUGUCAAUCUUCCGCGCACCAUGGCAGGUCCAGAACUUGAAGAGCUCUUGGCACGAGAAAGCCAAGCAUAUGGACCCGUCGAAAGUGUUCGUGUCAAGCUUUCUCGACAAAAGGUAUUCGCCUUUGUCAAUUUUACCACCCCCGAGAGUGCUGCCAGAGCUUUGGAAGGUCUUCCGCGCAUCACCAUUCAAGGCGAACAUCCCCAAGUGUCAUUCCAGACACAUCAAACAGUGGACGUGAACAAGCUUGCGGUGACCCGUGCUGAUAUCGCCGAAUUCCUGCCUCCCGGCGCUUGGGAGGGCCGUCUGUCUUCGACCCUGUUUGUUGGCAACGUGCAUCGGGAUACCACCGAAGCCACCCUUCGCGACAUUUUCUCCAAAGUUGCACCGGUGGAAGAAGUCGUUUUACAUGCUUCAAAGAGUGGCCCGGAUGCCACCAGAAGCGCUCCUUAUGCGUUUGUCCGCUACGCUUUCAUCUGCGAAGCCGCAGCUGCACGCAAGUUUCUCAUGGGGGCCUUUAUUGAUGGCAACGCUGUUCACAUCAAUCCAGGCAAACCCAUUGAGAGCCGAUUUGUGUGGAUGCACAAACUCCGAGGCACCCCACUGCCACAGGAUGUGCAUGAGGUGCUCCAGGCAGAGCGCAUUCGCGUGCUCCGCAUUUUUGCCCUUGAUGAUGUGGGCGGGCUCGGCGUGGCACUUGAGCUUGAGACGCCGCGCGACGGUGUUCUGUUGCGUGAUCGUCUCUUUGGUCAGCCUGUGGAACACCGCUCGUUUCGUUCUCCGCGCAUUAUGCUCGACUACUUGGAUGAACAACACAUCCAUUAUCUGGAAGCCAAUCGUGUGCCCGUCUGCAGGUUUGGCGCUUUAGAGCGAACACCACUUGAGCCCUCCAUUGAUCGCCGCCUUGGCGACGCAGCCCGUUCAGCAGACAAUCCUCACGCGAAGCAGGCUGAGCAACGCUUGGAGGCACGGCAACAACGAUUUGCCCAGGCAUCAGAUGCAUUGCCGGUCCCAGGACGCGAGGAGCCACGUCAUGAAGCAAUUGCUUCAGCCGGCGAAAGGCAACCCGAAAGUGCACAUGUGGCCCCUGCAAACACAGUCACCCCGAUGGCCAUUCCCACUCAACCUACGCGGGGAAAUUCGCCACCUCAGCCAUUGUCCGGGGGCAACUCGCCGCGCCCUCCAACCAGCGCACCAAAGGCACAUGUGCCUUCCGUGGUGUGGCAGGGCCAGCUGCAGAUCAAGAGCCAUGUGGCACGCGUACGUGCUGUGCACAUUUGGGGUCCUCAGGACUUGGCUGGAAUGCUGCCGGGUGCGCCCGAGCCCACCUUGUUGAUCAAACUUCGCAAGCGCUUGGAGAGCGUGGAGCAGCUUGUAUCAAGGUGUUCCGAAUCGCCCACACCGCCCCCGCUGCUCAUUACGGCGCUCGAACUGGUGCAAGAGAGCCCGGAGCAGGUGGACAAUCUCCAACGUUACUUUACACAAUAUCUGCAGGACAAGAACGUGGCAGGCCUCAUUCCCAUGCCCAAGGCUACGGUUUUUGUGCUCCCUGCCGCCGAACCGACGCUGCGUGCGGCACGGAGCGUAGCAUCCGCGCAUCCUGCCCUUGCCGAUGGACUGAAGAACAAACUUCUGAUGGUGGUCGAUGGGACGCCUCCAGACGAUGCUUGA